ACGUGGUUGUUUCUGUCGACGAGAAAGGUAUAGCAUAGCUAGCAAGUAAUUCCGGAUAACCAUCUUUUUAACAUAUUACAAAAUACAACCCUUAAUUUUAAUAAUAAAUAACCAUGUUGGACAGUUUAUUUGACGAUGUGAAACGCAUGAACAAGCGACAGUUUAUCUACCAAGUUCUGAGCUUUGGUAUGAUAGUGUCUUCCGCGCUUAUGAUAUGGAAAGGUUUGAUGGUGGUCACAGGGAGCGAAAGUCCGAUCGUAGUAGUUUUAUCGGGCAGUAUGGAGCCCGCUUUCCACAGAGGCGAUCUGUUGUUCCUUACGAACUACCCUGAGGAGCCGGUUCGUGUUGGAGAAAUCGUCGUAUUUAAGGUUGAGGGCCGCGAUAUUCCUAUUGUACAUAGAGUACUGAAACUACAUGAAAAGAGCAAUGGCACUGUUAAAUUUUUAACCAAAGGUGACAACAAUAGUGUGGAUGACCGAGGUCUGUACGCCCAGGGUCAGCUAUGGCUUACGAAAAAAGAUGUAGUGGGUCGUGCAAGAGGAUUUCUGCCCUAUGUUGGAAUGGUCACAAUUUAUAUGAAUGAAUAUCCUAAGUUUAAGUUUGCAGUGUUGGCGUGUCUAGCAAUCUACGUGCUUGUGCACAGAGAGUGACGGCAUUUUGAUCUGAGAGUCAUGAACAUAAGCAUUUGUAAAGUAACAUCGGCACAAUGGUGUAUUUAAUUUUAUGAAUAAAUGAGGUUCUCUCUAGUGUUAUUAA